AUGGUAACAGAUGCCGGGGUGUCUCGGCGAUCCGCAGCCGGAGCACCUGACCCGAAGACCGGGAACCAAGCAUUGCACAUUGCGGUGCAGAACGGCCAUCGACAGCUGACACAGCUGCUGGUUGCGUGGAAGGCAGAUGUCACCGUGCAGAACUUCAAGGGGCAGACGCCGCUGCACAUGAGCGUAGAGUAUGACUUCCAUUUCAUUUCCAAGCUGCUGUUGGAGAAAGGUGCCAAGCCCGAGGUUGAGAACGCGGAUGGUUGCAAAGCAAUCUUGGGCAUCAGUGGCAGCAAAGAGGGUGCCGAGGAUGGGAACGUCGCGAACAACACGACAAGGGAAUGUAUGUCGGCGGGUGUUUGCUGGCUUCAUGUGGCCAUACCUGGCGCCUGGGCCUACGCUGGCUCGGCAGUGCUUUCCCGGCCCAGUUCUCGCUCAGAAUGUAGCAUGAGCUGCCGUGCCCAAUGCUCGGACAGUGACUUCACGCUGACUGUGAUCUGCUUCCAGCUCACGAUGGCCCGAACCAAGCUUGCCAGCAUCUGCAUCGUGCUUGCCGUGUGCACCGCGCUGCGCAAUCUGGCCUUCCUUGCUCCUGCUCCUCAGACCCAGCUUCGUGGCAGCGCUACCGAGCCCUUCGAUGUUGCAGCAAGCGCCGCGGUGCCCAUUCUCUUGACACCGGCAGCAGCAACGGCAGCGGACGGAGAGGGGAUGCCUUCGGUGGUGCUGGGUGUGGGCGUUCUCUGCGCGCUGGCAGCCUUCAGCGUUGUCUCCAGCGUCAUCAGCGCUACCUUUGACUUACAAGAUACCGGCCGCAGCACUCAGAAAGCCACGGCUCGGAACGAUGUGGGCAGCUUGCGCUUUGCAGUGGACACGCGAGGGGGAUGUGCAAGCCGUCCGGUGCUGGCUCUUCACUACCGCGAGAGGCCAUCGAGAGCUGACACAGCUGCUGGUUGCGUGGAAGGCAGAUGCGCCGCCCUCGUCAUUCAGCGGAUGCCACAUCAGUCGGUCACCGUGAUUUCCAAGCUGCUUUUGGGGAAAGGUGCCAAGCCCGAGGCAGGGGAUGCCGCGGGCAGUCUUCAGAACGUGUUAGCAGUUCAUCUAGCGGCCGUCAGGCUGAGAACGCGGAUGGAGGUCGAGCUGGCGUACAAAGCCUUGGAGGCUAAAGAACUGCCUGGCACCUGGAACAUGGGGCGUUUCGUCGAGCUGCUCAACAAGGCAUACUGCAACUCACACCAUGGGUCCCGUUCAGAAUGCAGCAUGAGCUGCGACUUCACUCUUGCCCGUUUGUUCAAAAUAGAAGUAAAUGGGGAGCCGCAAGGGCGCCGCAAGGGACCUACAUUGACAGUCUUCCAUUUUGCAUCUUCGCGUUUCUUCUUCGAUGCAGCAACGAGCAGCUCGGGUUGGCAAACGCCACUAUUUCUAGGCUUCCAGCUCACGAUGGCCCGAACCAAGCUUGCCAGCAUCUGCAUCGUGCUUGCCGUGUGCACCGCGCUGCGCAAUCUGGCCUUCCUUGCUCCUGCUCCUCAGACCCAGCUUCGUGGCAGCGCUACCGAGUCCUUCGAUGUUGCAGCAAGCGCCGCGGUGCCCAUUCUCUUGACACCGGCAGCAGCAACGGCAGCGGACGGAGAGGGGAUGCCUUCGGUGGUGCUGGGUGUGGGCGUUCUCUGCGCGCUGGCAGCCUUCAGCGUUGUCUCCAGCGUCAUCAGCGCGACCCCAGUCAGUUUGACUUACAAGAUACCGGCCGCAGCACUCAGAAAGCCACGGCUCGGAACGAUGUGGGCAGCCUGCGCUUUGCAGUGGACACGUGAAGGGGAUGUGCAAGCCGUCCGGUGCUGGCUCUUCACUAUCGCGAGAGGCCAUCGAGAGCUGACACAGCUGCUGGUUGCGUGGAAGGCAGUCACCGUGAUUUCCAAGCUGCUUUUGGAGAAAGGUGCCAAGCCCGAGGCAGGGGAUGCCGCGGGCAGUCUUCAGAACGUGUUAGCAGUUCAUCUGGCGGCUGUCAGGCUGAGAACGCGGAUGGAAGUCGAGCUGGCGUACAAAGCCCUGGAGGAGGACCCAACGAGCCUGGACAAAGCAAGCCUCGCUCGCGUUGGAAUGCUUAAGGCUAAAGAACUGCCUGGCACCUGGAACAUGGGGCGUUUCGUCGAGCUGCUCAACAAGGCAUACUGCAACUCACACCAUGGGUCCCGUUCAGAAUGCAGCAUGAGCUGCGACUUCACUCUUGCCCGUUUGUUCAAAAUAGAAGUAAAUGGGGAGCCGCAAGGGCGCCGCAAGGGACCUACAUUGACAGUCUUCCAUUUUGCAUCUUCGCGUUUCUUCUUCGAUGCAGCAACGAGCAGCUCGGGUUGGCAAACGCCACUAUUUCUAGGCUUCCAGCUCACGAUGGCCCGAACCAAGCUUGCCAGCAUCUGCAUCGUGCUUGCCGUGUGCACCGCGCUGCGCAAUCUGGCCUUCCUUGCUCCUGCUCCUCAGACCCAGCUUCGUGGCAGCGCUACCGAGCCCUUCGAUGUUGCAGCAAGCGCCGCGGUGCCCAUUCUCUUGACACCGGCAGCAGCAACGGCAGCGGACGGAGAGGGGAUGCCUUCGGUGGUGCUGGGUGUGGGCGUUCUCUGCGCGCUGGCAGCCUUCAGCGUUGUCUCCAGCGUCAUCAGCGCGACCUUUGACUUACAAGAUACCGGCCGCAGCACUCAGAAAGCCACGGCUCGGAACGAUGUGGGCAGCUUGCGCUUUGCAGUGGACACGCGAGGGGGAUGUGCAAGCCGUCCGGUGCUGGCUCUUCACUACCGCGAGAGGCCAUCGAGAGCUGACACAGCUGCUGGUUGCGUGGAAGGCAGAUGCGCCGCCCUCGUCAUUCAGCGGAUGCCACAUCAGUCGGUCACCGUGAUUUCCAAGCUGCUUUUGGAGAAAGGUGCCAAGCCCGAGGCAGGGGAUGCCGCGGGCAGUCUUCAGAACGUGUUAGCAGUUCAUCUGGCGGCUGUCAGGCUGAGAACGCGGAUGGAGGUCGAGCUGGCAUACAAAGCCUUGGAGGACCCAACGAGCCUGGACAAAGCAAGCCUCGCUCGCGUUGGAAUGCUUAAGGCUAAAGAACUGCCUGGCACCUGGAACAUGGGGCGUUUCGUCGAGCUGCUCAACAAGGCAUACUGCAACUCACACCAUGGGUCCCGUUCAGAAUGCAGCAUGAGCUGCGACUUCACUCUUGCCCGUUUGUUCAAAAUAGAAGUAAAUGGGGAGCCGCAAGGGCGCCGCAAGGGACCUACAUUGACAGUCUUCCAUUUUGCAUCUUCGCGUUUCUUCUUCGAUGCAGCAACGAGCAGCUCGGGUUGGCAAACGCCACUAUUUCUAGGCUUCCAGCUCACGAUGGCCCGAACCAAGCUUGCCAGCAUCUGCAUCGUGCUUGCCGUGUGCACCGCGCUGCGCAACCUGGCCUUCCUUGCUCCUGCUCCUCAGACCCAGCUUCGUGGCAGCGCUACCGAGCCCUUCGAUGUUGCAGCAAGCGCCGCGGUGCCCAUUCUCUUGACACCGGCAGCAGCAACGGCAGCGGACGGAGAGGGGAUGCCUUCGGUGGUGCUGGGUGUGGGCGUUCUCUGCGCGCUGGCAGCCUUCAGCGUUGUCUCCAGCGUCAUCAGCGCUACCGUCGCCGUGAUUUCCAAGCUGCUUUUGGAGAAAGGUGCCAAGCCCGAGGCAGGGGAUGCCACGGGCAGUCUUCAGAACGUGUUAGCAGCUCAUCUAGCGGCCGUCAGGAGGCCAGAAGUUGGAUCGGUAUUGUACUCAGCUGUACCUGUGGGCUUGGUACUUGAGUAUCUUGAGUGGCUGCAGGAGGUCGAGCUGGCAUACAAAGCCUUGGAGGUGCUGCCGAAGCCGUCACAUGUCUUGAGCAAGCAUUUGCGAGAUUGGUUCAUGGAAAUUGGGUUGAUCGAUGGCAGAUGUUGCAUGUCAGUGGAGGACCCAACGAGCCUGGACAAAGCAAGCCUCGCUCGCGUUGGAAUGCUCAAGGCUAAAGAACUGCCUGGCACCUGGAACAUGGGGCGUUUCGUCGAGCUGCUCAACAAGGCAUACUGCAACUCACACCAUGGCUUCCAGCUCACGAUGGCCCGAACCAAGCUUGCCAGCAUCUGCAUCGUGCUUGCCGUGUGCACCGCGCUGCGCAACCUGGCCUUCCUUGCUCCUGCUCCUCAGACCCAGCUUCGUGGCAGCGCUACCGAGUCCUUCGAUGUUGCAGCAAGCGCCGCGGUGCCCAUUCUCUUGACACCGGCAGCAGCAACGGCAGCGGACGGAGAGGGGAUGCCUUCGGUGGUGCUUGGUGUGGGCAUUCUCUGCAUGCUGGCAGCCUUCAGCGCUGUCUCCAGCGUCAUCAGCGCUACCGAUACCCGCUGCAGCACUCAGAAGGCCAUGGCUCAGAACGAUAUGGGCAGCCUGCGCUUUGCAGUGGACACUCGAGGGGGAUGUGCAAGCCGUCCUGUGGUGGCUCUUCACUACCGCGAGAGGCCAUCGAGAGCUGACACAGCUGCUGGUUGCGUGGAAGGCAGAUGCGCCGCCCUCGUCACUCAGCGGAUGCCACAUCAGUCGGUCGCCGUGAUUUCCAAGCUGCUUUUGGAGAAAGGUGCCAAGCCCGAGGCAGGGGAUGCCGCGGGCAGUCUUCAGAACGUGUUAGCAGCUCAUCUAGCGGCCGUCAGGAGGCCAGAAGUUGGAUCGGUAUUGUACUCAGCUGUACCUGUGGGCUUGGUGCUUGAGUAUCUUGAGUGGCUGCAGGAGGUCGAGCUGGCAUACAAAGCCUUGGAGGGGUUUGAAGAAGUGACGACUCGGAGCUCCAUGGUUUUCCACGCCCACGUCGCGUGGUGUCCAGUAGUCCAAGGCUUCCAGCUCACGAUGGCCCGAACCAAGCUUGCCAGCAUUUGCAUCGUGCUUGCCGUGUGCACCGCACUGCGCAACCUGGCCUUCAUUGCUCCUGCUCCUCAGACCCAGCUUCGUGGCAGCGCUACCGAGUCCUUCGAUGUUGCAGCAAGCGCUGCGGUGCCCAUUCUCUUGACACCGGCAGCAGCAACGGCAGCGGACGGAGAGGGGAUGCCUUCAGUGGUGCUGGGUGUGGGCAUUCUCUGUAUGCUGGCAGCCUUCAGCGCUGUCUCCAGCGUCAUCAGCGCUACCGUCACUUCGGAGCUUGAUUGA